UAAAUAGCCCUCGACGCUCAGCAGAAUCUCGGCUCGCUACCAGCAAAAACAGUCUUGCACUCGAUAGACUACGCGAGACUCCUUCAGCCACCGGACACUAGACAGCAAUCUGCCGUGCUCUGGAGAGUAUGCAACCGCAUCUGUGUCAUACCACACUUCUGUAGCCUUGUGGAUACGGUAAAGUUUCACUUGGUUUAGACACUGUAGCUUAGUGGUUGCUCCGACCGUACGAGUUUCAAGAUCGAAAGCAACCUUCACAAGCCAUCCCGCUUCAUUCAUCACGUCCGUUCACCAGGAAAGCGAGACCGACGGUCCCCUAAAGGUCCAACUAUGUGGCUCUAUCCAGUCUCGACCCUUCCUCUUUUCGCUCGAGCUUCGAUCUUUCACCUUACUUCAGGCCGCUGCCCUUCAUGGCUUGAAUGUUCUCUGAAACGCUCUCGACUCUGCUUUCCAUACACAACAUCCAUCGACUCGACGAAGAUGGAAAGCGAACCUCAAUAUAUGCCUCACGAGGUGCUGGCUGCUGCGAUCCCUGUGUUAAUAUAUUCUUUUGUCUGCCUUUCCCUCGGAGUUUUACUUGUGACAGUCCUACAGAAGACUAGAGACGGCUUUAAUUACGUGACAUUAUUCGCUCUUGCAACGACAUGCACGACUAUAGUGUCGAUUAUACAACAAUGCAAUUACAUCGCAAACUGGCACGACUUGCGAGUUCAACAGUAUGAGCAGUCAAUCACCGUCAAGGGUAAUCCGGCGCUGGCACUGGGACCGCUUUCUAAAGGCUUCAAUGCUGUCUUGUUCUGGACAAUUUUGUAUUUUUACAAUGUCGACUCGGUUACGAUGCUUUUCUGGGCCAUUGCACUGGUCUUUAGUGUUUGGAACAUCCGCCCGAGGUGGCUUCAACGAUGGCAGAAGCACAUCAGCUGGGCAUCAAAGAUCUUAGCAAUUGUGCUGCCCGCCAUCUUCUCAGCUCUGCGUAAAGGUUUCCAAGUAAACGCCGGCUUCAUCGGCACCUUAAUUCUGAUGAACCUUCUGAUGCUUGUGAGCUUUGCUUUCGGCGCACUAUGCGUCAUCCUCAUCUUGUUCAAGUACCUACGCGCGAAAAUAGGAUUUGACAGUUAUGCAUCAGCCUCGGCAUCUAAGUCGUAUGCAGGUGGAAGUGUGGUUCCAGGCGAGACUGCAACCGCUCGUGAAGGACGCACUGUAAGGAGAGGACUUAGAGCGCGGGUUGAUGGAUGGCUCGUGGUCCGCUUCAGUAUCGCCUUCUUGAUUCUGAGUGGAUUCGAGAUCUUCCUCAUCUCCUUUGAGAUCAACAGGUACCACAAGACGAAAAGCACAAAACUUGCCGGUGGUCCAGAUUUUGGUAUACGUGCCUCUGUCGUAGAUGUUUUGAACUAUCUACCCGGUGUCACGGCAAGUCUACUUGCUUUCCUGCUAUUCGGAACCACAGCACAGCAACGCGCCAUGUACACUCCGGUGAUUGCCGCUUUACAUCCUGCUCGCUGGCGUAGACGACCAAAGUCUGCAAGAUUCAGUGGCAAUGUUGAUCAGUGGCGGCGCAUGGACCAUGGAGAUUCACGAUCAUCACAGCAGGUCGCGCAUGGAGAUAUCGAGAUGCAGCUGCCGACAAGGAAAGACAAGGUCACAAGGACGAUUGUGACGACGGUGGAGAGAGAAGAGAUGAUACCAAGCCCGCCAUCAGCAAACUCGGUCACGAGAGAAACAGUUGGGAAUGUAGGUGAAGGCGAAAUCAUGGGGAGGAGGAUGAUUCGGUAGAAUCGUCUCGCCGAGACUCAGACUGUGCAACUUCCACACACUCGCUUCCACGAUUCCUCAUUCACACAGACUCUCUCAGUAAGAGUUCGGCAUGAUGUUCAGGCGUCCUCCGUCCUGAUUUUGGUCAGUUGUUUGUCGCUUAGAGGA